GCCGGCUGGAUGCAUCUGUAUUAAAUCAUUAAUCGCCCAUAUAGCUUUCCUACUGAUUUUGCUCACAAUUAUUGGUAGUUGACUUGUCGCGGCAUUCGGUAAUUUUCCUAUUUAUUUUUCGCGAAGCCGGUGUGUGGAAACCUUUGAUCCCCGUGUCAGUAUUAUAAUUUUCUCCUCCUUGUACAAUGACGGCGAUUUGCGUAGCAGUGUGUCUACUCCUCGGCGGCGCCAUGGCCUUUCCAAUGCAGCCGAUGCAGCCGAUGACCUUUAGCAACAUGAACUUUGACGCGUUCAACGCGCAGACGAACGCGCAAAAGCAGAACCAGAAGACCAGUCAGGCGGCCUCCACCGGCGACGCCUCGGCCGAUUCCGGCCAGAUCGCCAGCAACCAGAACUCCAACAUGCUCACCAACGCCAACGGCACGCUGACCAACGCCGGCUCCCAGGGCGGCUGCUCCGGUGGUAACUGCGCGCUGUCUGGCGCGGCGCAACUGCAGGCCGGCGACCAGAGUCAGGGCCAGAAGCAGGGCGCCAACCAGAACCUCUUGGGCCAAAAGGGCAGCAACAGCCUGCAGAUGCCCAAUCUCCUCGGCAACAAUAUGUUCAACAACGCCAACCUCAACACGCAGAAGCAGACGCAGAAACAGACGCAGAUCGGCGGCGCUGCUACCGGCACCGGCGCGGCCCAGCUCGGCAACGUGACCUCCAACCAGAACACGGUGGGCGAGACGAACAAAGCCGGCGGCAACGUGCUGGCCACCAACGUCGGCUCGGGCAUCGGCACCGGCGUAAACCUGAACGGCGCCUCGCAGGCCAAGAUCCAGGGCCAGACGGCCACCCAGGAGGCCGGUCAGGCCAGCAACCAGCGCGUUAACCAGGCCGUGCAGGGCGCCGGGGCGGCGGCGCCCGGCUGCGCCGUCGGCACCACCAACCAGGCCAACACUAACCAGACGCUGGCCAAGCAGAAGCAGGAGCAGACGCAGGCCGACGCCGCCGCCGCCGGGCAGGGCGGCGCGGCGGAGGGCGCCGUCAACAGCGCGCAGGCCAGCAACGUGCAGCAGACCGACAAGGGCACCAUGAGCGUCUCCAACUCGCAGGGCACCGCCGCCGGCAAGGGCCUGCAUUUGAGCGGCGCCUCCAGCAGUAAUCUGCAGUCGGCCGGACAGAAGCAGCAGCAGAACACCGCCGCCGGCAGUAAUCUCGAUAACCAAGCGGUUAAAUGCUGAAACUGAAUUUAUUUGUUACAAUUUCAAAUCGUGGUUGUUAAUGGUGCGGUGCAUACGUUUGUCUUUCUCUACUUCAGCCUAGGACGGCUUCGAGAUGAUUAUAAUUAAGCCGGUAAUGCCGGUGUUACUUGGGGACUUUUCGUUCAAAAAUAAGAUGAAGUUAACUAAGCAAGGUGCUCUCCGCUUCGAUUUUGCAGGAGCCGAGCGAAAGUGCACAUCGCACAUCCUACGUAUCUUUACGAAAGCAAUUGUAACCGUAAAAACAUUCUCGGGGUC